GGAAAGAUGGCGUCCUCUAACAAUCCUCGCAAAUUUAGCGAAAAAAUCGCUUUGCAUAAUCAGAAACAGGCGGAGGAGACUGCCGCGUUUGAAGAAGUGAUGAAAGACCUGAACAUCACCAGAGCUGCACGGUUGCAGUUACAGAAGACCCAGUAUUUGCAACUAGGGCAGAAUCGUGGACAGUACUAUGGAGGCUCACUGCCCAAUGUCAAUCAGAUUGGAAAUGGCAACAUUGACCUGCCUUUUCAGAACUCUGUGCUGGAUACAAGUCGGACAACCAGGCACCACGGGCUGGUGGAACGUGUUUACCGUGACCGGAAUCGCAUCACAUCUCCUCACCGCCGGCCGCUGUCAGUUGACAAACAUGGACGCCAAAUUGACAGCUGUCCUUACAGCUCAGUUUACCUCUCCCCACCACCAGACACUAGCUGGAGAAGGACAAAUUCGGACUCUGCCUUACACCAGAGCACCAUGAAUCCAAAGCCCCAGGAGGUUUUUGCAGGGGGAUCACAGGAGCUGCAGCCUAAACGAGUACUGCUGCUAACAGUGCCUGGGACGGAGAAUUCAGAGUCAAACGCAGACAAGGAUGCACAGAAACAGUUGUGGAAUGAUAAGGAGGAUGAUGCAUCAAAGCCCAACACGUGUGAUGUCCCGGGAAUCAAUAUAUUCCCAUCACCAGACCAGGAAUUGAACCCGUCGGUGCUCCCAGCUGCACACAACACCGGCGGUUCCCUGCCUGAUCUAACCAACAUCCAGUUCCCUCCUCCGCUGUCGACCCCACUGGACCCCGAGGACACCGUGGCCUUCCCCUCCCUCAGCUCAUCCAACAGCACGGGCAGCCUGACCACCAACCUCACCCACCUGGGCAUCAGCGCUGCCAGCCAUGGGAUCCCCACCUCCUCUCAGCCUACCAUGACUGUAACGGCACAGCGCCGGCAACCUCCUGUGGUGCCGCUCACCCUCACCUCUGACCUCCAUCUCCAACAGUCUCCGCAGCAGCUCUCGCCCACCCUGUCCUCACCUGUAAACAUCACACAGGUCGCUCCAACAGAGUCAUUGACCCUGGAGCAGCAGCUCGCCCAGUACCCCCUGUUCAACCAGCUGACGGCUCAGGCCCAGGCUCAGCUGCUCAGCGACCUGCAGAAGCAGCAGCAGGCCCUGCCGCAGGGCAUCCAGCUCAUCGCCUUGCCAACUCCGGCCUCCACUGGUACACCUACUGCCACUGCCAGCAGCCCCUCCCCAGACAGCCAGAGCCAGACCACCGCCAGCAUCAGCAUCAGCUCGUAUCGCAAUCAGACUGGCUCACCAGCCACUCAGUCUCCAACCUCCCCAGUCUCCAAUCAAGGCUUCUCCCCCGGCGGCUCGCCUCAACACAUCCCUGUGGUGGGCAGUAUAUUUGGCGACUCCUUCUAUGAUCAGCAGUUGGCAUCGAGGCAGACCAAUGCCCUUUCUCACCAGCUGGAGCAAUUCAACAUGAUCGAGAACCCCAUCAGCUCCACCAGCCUAUACAACCAGUGUUCCACCCUCAACUACACACAGGCGGCCAUGAUGGGCCUCACUGGGAGCAGCCUACAGGACUCUCAGCAGCUCGGCUACAGUAGCCACGGCAACAUCCCCAACAUCAUCCUAACAGUCACAGGUGAGUCUCCUCCAAGCCUCUCCAAAGAGCUGACCAACUCUCUGGCCGGUGUUGGUGAUGUCAGCUUCGACGCAGACUCUCAGUUUCCUCUGGAUGAGCUGAAGAUCGACCCGCUCACCCUGGAUGGACUGCACAUGCUCAAUGACCCCGACAUGGUGCUCACCGACCCUGCCACCGAGGACACUUUCAGGAUGGACAGGCUGUAACGUUAGAGGCUGACUGUGGCCAAGAACAAGAAGAGAAAAAAAAAAAAAAACACACUAACUUGUGAAUGGAGAGAAACAAAGGGCAGGAUGAACCCUCUCCCUCGUUGCAUGGCUAUCCAGCUGUCCAACCUCGCCCUCGACUCCUUCAAGCCCUUUGAAACGAUGAGCCACCAAAAGACAACAGGGAAAAAGACAUCCGGUGGCUUGCCCGGGAAUGGCCUCGCUGUCGUUUUGAAUGAGAUUGGUCGCUCAGCGCUUUUGCUAGCCUGCUGUGUUUACAGUGUACCAUUACAUGCCACAUCUGACAAUUUUUUUUUUCUCUUCAUAUCCACUUUAAUAUUUUUGUUUAUAUCUGUUCAUAGCAGGAAGCUGCUAGGACAUCGGGCUAAACCGUUCCCGUCAUAACGGCUGUGUUCAAAAACAAACAAAAAAGAAAAAAGAACUACCGUCGGUUUGCUUGUACCCGGCAAUCAUCGGUAUUCCCAUCAUGCCGUUAGCGGCUUUCCGUUUCACACUCAGAGCUUUAUUUUUGACAACCAAAUGUUAUUUUCAUCAUGUACUGUAUGCUUUGAUGCUUUAUGUAUUUAUAUGUUCUAUUUAUUUAUUUGGUUAAAGAUUUUAUAUUGCAUUUCAUAAUUUAAAUUUGAUGCCAAAAUGCUCUCUGUAGGCAUAGUGUAAAAUUGCACUGAUGUAAUUUGUGUCAAUUUAUUAAUGAUUAGCAUAUUUAUAUAUGUGUUUGUUAAGCUACCUGGUUAACGAAGGAGUGCAAAACCUCCCCAUAGUUGCUCUUUGGUGUUCGAUGUGCCAUUCUCUGAUGUGGGACAUGGUAGACGUUGCCAUGCUGCAGCCCAGUGGUCAAAUCAAAAUGUCACAGUUUCCAGAACUGAGUUGGUUUUAUGCCACUUGAAUUUUUUUUUUUUUUUUCCUGAGAAAAUCAUCAGGUAUUUCUGUUUAACUAGAAAGCAAGAGAAACGUGUCCAAAUUCAUUUUCUGCCAGUGAAAAGCCAAUAUCCAUCCAGACUGAAGCUGUCUGUUUUUAAACCAGAGAACACUAAAAUCUUAAAAUCUUUUUAAGUCGUCACUGUGAAAUCACCUGAUUUUGCCUUACAUGAGUAUUCUACUGUUCUACUUAAGUGUCUAAUGUGACAACGUAUUUUCGUAACUUAUUGUAACAUUUUCUUGUAUUUGAGAGGAACUUAACUUUUGAUCAGUGAUACUUGUGGUUAUGUUGUGUAAGGUUUCACAAAUCAAUGUACUGUAUUUUGUAGCGGUACAGUUUAUAGCCAAAUUGUUGAUGUUUUUUAAAGUGGGGCAAAAAAAAAAAAACUAAAAAAACUUUAAAAAAGUGUUAAAGGAUGGGUUUAAAGUAUUUGAGACGAAGUGCAAUUAUGGGGAGGCUUUUUGCUCCUUGACAGGGAAGCUCUAACAAAAGCGCUACUGACCUUUAGCCACAGGGUCAUCAAUAACAAAAGCAUCACUAUACAAAAGUGAAUAGUGAUUUUAAUGGAUAUUUAGGAUAUUUAAAAGUAUCAUAGCCUUCAAAUUGUUGUAUCCAUAAGACACAGUCUUGCAAUUUCAGAGCUUAUAAAUAUAAGGAUAGUUUUAUCACACAACAGUACAUAAAGGCUACAUAAAGGUUCUGUUUAAUGAACAAUGAGUGUAUUCAGAUAUUAAAGUUUUUUAUGCAGUCUUUUGCCAGUAGCAAGAUCGCCCCCCCCUCCCUCCAUUCAGUGUUGUGACCAACUAAAAUGGUCACACAAAAACAAUCAGGGAUGUAGAAGACUUUAAAAUUGUUUACGUCACCUUCUCAACCGAAAAGUGUUCACACAAGUUCCGCCUGAAAAUGUAUGUACUGAAAUCAUCUCUAACUACAACCAUGACACAGUCACUUUUGCCAAAAUGUGUCAUACAAACUGUGACACAUUUUAAAAAAUCUCUUCAGAUUUCAGUCUUCUGCCUUUUGUCAGAGUUUCCCUGAGAGAGUUGUGUUUAGGUUUGUGGGAUCAUGUUUGGUGUAUUGUAAUGUUUGUGUACAGACGUGCCAAUCAUUUACUCUCCUAAAGCGCUGUUGGGAAAGAGUUCCCAACCCCCUUUCCCAAAAAGGAAUCACGUUUAGUUUGCUGCACACCUCUACAAUUGUACCAUUUGUUUCACUUGAAGUGUUUAUGGUCUGCUGUACUCCUCCAUCAAAGGUUUUGUUUGCCUUCACCCGAUCUGUGAUUCCUAUGCAAAUGAGACAAAAAAAAAGACCCUUAAAGGAAAAAAAAAAUUCCACUUCCUGAUGUUUUAUUGUUUAGCACAUUCCAGGUGUUAAGCUGGAUUUAUACUUCUGAAAUGGUGUGGCAAUGGAGACAGAGGUUUUGUAGCUCCUUAAGAAUGUAACUACACAUUGGAGCUACAGCUAGAAAUGUGAUCCAUCAGCUUGGCCAGCUUGGCUUCUUUGUGACAUGUUGCCGAAGUUGGUAGAAACUGUUGAUAGAGAGGACAGCAUGUAGAAUUUUUGAAGAACGUUUCAGUAAUCUCUUCUUCAAAAUCACCAGUGGUUAAUUUCUCUUACUGUGCCGUAUUAUGGAGGCUGAAAGAUGGUAUUUUGUAAUCUUUUAUCUAAAUUAUUACUUGUGCGCACAAGAUACUAACUUGGGCAGAUACGAAAAACAUGAGGAUUUCAAGGGCUCUGUAGACUGUCACAAAAUAACGGAGAAAAUGGAAAUUACCACUUUCACUAGACGAUAAAUGCACAGCUCAGUUAUCAUCGCUUUUUCAGCCACUGGACAAAUUUGUGUUUUGAGAUUAAGCUGCAUCUCCUUUGUAGCUCCUAAUUAGAAAAUGAUUAGUUGUAGUAUACAGUGAGGACGGAACAUGGAGUGUUGCAGCGGUGCUUUGACAAUCAACGACUGAAAUCGUACGCUGAGCUAUAAAUUCAUUUCUGUGCCAGAGAAUCAUAAAUCCAGCUUUACUCUGAAAUCGCCAUUCUUUUUUAUUUGUGUUUUUUUUUUUUUUUUUGGUUUUCUUUUUUGUUUGGGUUUUUUUUUUGUGUAAAUCACUCACCCUGCCUUUUUUUCUCCUAUCACUUGAUAAUCCCUUCAUUUAUCACAAUUCCUUUCCACCUUAAUGCAUCUCUGCCUCGUCUACAAUGAAUUUCUUCCUGUGUGACUGUUGAACAUCGGUGCAAAAUUGCUGCUUCAGAAAGAAAUCCUUUCUAGGAACUAAUGCCAAACUUGACCUACUCUUAAUGUUUUAGAUCAGUGAAACACUUUACCGUAGUUGCUGAAAGUACCCGGAUAUUUGUCAUGGGCCCAGGUGCUCAUAGGAGGAAGAAAAAUAAAACCACUAAAAAAGGCCCAGAAAUGCACAACACUUUACCAGAAGCUGAUUUCUCCUUACAGUCACUGAAACAAAUGUAUAGAACUCAUUCUCUACAUGUUUCCAAAGGUUUUAUUCCUAAAAAAAAAAAAUAUAUAUAUAUAUAUAAGAUAUAUAUUGUGUUUGAGCCAAAAGUCACUGUUGCAUUGUCCGUAAUGCCAGUGAUUUGAGCUGUUUCUUUUCUUUCAUCCUGCCGAAUAAUAGUCAUUCACACUGACCUUGUACAUACGCUAUAGCUGAAACAAAAUGCAUGACGAAACUAACAGUCAAAACCUCUAAAUGACGGCCUUCUAUAGCUCCGCAGGUUUGAUUUGUGUAACAUAAAACUAUCACAAAGUCUAAAGGGAUGCAUGUAUGGGUUUCUCCUGUGCGACAGUUAACUCCUGUUAAGUGGCUCUGUUACCUCCAUCUCUGUAUAAUGCUACUUCACGAAUGAUAAAAGAAUGUAUUUUCUGUGGCAGUGUCCUAGUUUUAGCCUGUUGCCAGAUGACCUGAUGUUUGGAGUUCUUGGCCCCUGGCUGCUUCUUAUCUCUGCUCUUCAGUCUCCUCUUUCCCCCUGUGAUGAAUCAGACUGUUGCUUGUUCCGCUCCUUUCCUCUUCCUGCUGUAGCAUCUCACCGCGUAUGAGUCAAGUGUAAACGGCCGAUUCUCGGUCGCAAAGAGCCCGCUGUCGAUGCAGCCCCUCCUCUCCCUCAGCACAACCUUUUGGCUUUCUUGAGAAAAUGGUAGAAGCAGGUUCUGUCUUGCAGAAAUUGCAGAUUGGCACGGGCACUGAUCGUUUGCAUAUGUGGACUUGAAUUUUCUGAAGCUUCUGCGUUACACAGUCAACUGCAUGACAUGAUAGACACAUCGAGCAGAUUCUUAUCCCAUGUUAUGUACAGGACUUUGAUGUAGCUAUGCUGAAGUGGAGUGUGUUUUAAGACUAUCAGAUAUGAUUGUUUUAUGUUGUUGUUGCCUAUCAUGUCAGGUUCUGGACUGGGUAAAGUGUAUUUCGGGGUUUUUUGUUUGUUUUUUUUCCUGUUUUUGUGCAAUGUUUAGUCCACUAGUUGCUUGGCACUUUAUUUGUGACUUCCUAGCUUUUGAGCAGGGACUGUUCUGCCCAAUGUGGAUGCUGACUGUUUCACACCAGAUGUAUACUCCGAAGAUAUUUUCAUGUUAAAGAAAAGAUGAAAUA